UUUAUUAUUAUUUUGAAACUGAAGAGAGGUCCGCGGACACGUUUGACGCGCGGAGAAGUCCGGCGCUGGCGUUAAUGAGAGCACUCUCCCUUUUCAGGGAGGUAUACGCGUGGAGCACGUGGUUCGCCCUAAGUGGGAGUGGGAUGCAUCAACAGAUGCAUAAACAUCCCGAGCCAUCUCCCCUCUCUUUAAACUUCAGGGGGAAACUCCUCCUAUUCUCGGUCCAAUUCAUUAUUACGGGCCUGGCCCUUUAAGACGGAGCGGCGGGUCAGCAAGUAGUGUAGUGUUUCUCUAAUUGAACUUCACAAAAGCAAUCAACAAGAACUCGUUAGCGGUCGCUCGCUGUUUUGAGCCUCCUCGAGACACGGCUACACACGCUGAAGACCUUCAUGGAGCAGUUCGGAGAAGACUGGAGCCGCGCAUGAGGAGUAAAGUUCGGGUGGCUGCGACGCCUGAAGCAUGGUGCUUUUGGAGAGCCACUUCAGACUGAGGAAGAACAACGAUUCCGUUUGAAGAAAAAGGAAUAGACCGGGCUUGUGUAUGCAUAGACAAGAUUGAGCGAACUAGGUGACUUCUGUUCGAAAUAGUUGCUCGGGACUGAGAUGACCUCCAGCUCCAAAGACAUGAAGGCAGGCUCCGUUUUGCAGUCCAGCGGCGAGGAGAGGCGGCGGGGUCCCUUGGACCAACUCCCACCUCCGGCCAACUCCAACAAACCUCUCACCCCGUUUAGCAUUGAGGAUAUCUUGAACAAACCCUCCGUCAAGAAGUCCGUCGGCAGCCUGGUCCCCCCGCGCGCGCUGGAGAAAGUGACCGGCUCGAGCGCGUCUCGGAACGGGAUCAGCGCUCCGUCCUCGCCGCUGUGCGCUCUGGAGGAGCUGGCGAGCAAAACAUUCAAGGGGCUGGAAGUCAGCGUUAUACAAGCCGCGGAAGGUCGCGAACAUCUCAACGCCUUCGGCCAAAGACAGGCCUCCAAAAAACGACGGAAGUCUCGCACGGCCUUCACCAACCACCAGAUCUACGAGCUGGAAAAGCGCUUUUUGUACCAGAAAUACCUGUCCCCGGCCGACAGAGACCAAAUCGCACAGCAGCUGGGCCUGACCAACGCUCAGGUCAUCACCUGGUUCCAGAACCGACGGGCCAAGCUCAAGAGAGACCUGGAGGAGAUGAAGGCGGAUGUGGAGUCUCUCAAGAAAAUCCCACCGCAGGCAUUGCAGAAACUGGUGUCCAUGGAGGACAUGGAAGACCCUCACGGCGGCUCGGGGCCCAUUUCCCCCAGCCUUUCCCCGAGAGCCUUUCCGCAGUCCCCGUCCUCAUCCAGAGGCCAAACCACAGACGAGUUCUCGGAGGAGGACGAGGAAAUCGAGGUGGACGAUUAAAAGCAGGCCCUCGUUUUCUGAGAAGGGCAUUUUUCACAACUUUUGCACGGACUCUGCGGAAGAACUUGAAAUGCAAGGAACGUUUUGUGUCUCGCUUAUUUUUAAUUUAUUGAAAGGACCUCUACAUUCUGAUGUCCAGAUCGAAGACAUGGUUCGAGGAAUACGUUUUCGUAAGAUCUGAGAAAUGCUUAGAGAUAAAUGGUACAGUAUCAAGACUGCAACGUGUGUAUGUACAUUUUAAGCUUUAUUUCUCUCGAUUUCUCAAAGGAAACGUGUGCAAUUGUUUACACCGUUCAACACAUUUAUGACCGCUGUAAAAACUCUAUGCCAAAAGUGAUUUUCAAUUAAAUUCUCAGCCGAAUAGAAUUAUAUAUUUAUAAAUGAUUUCAGAAGUCACCAGAAAGCAAAUUUAUUCAAUCUUGUUUCUACAUUGUAAUUGUCAAAACCCAUUUCCCAAAGUUUUACAUUAUAUAUCCCAGUUCCUUGCGCAUUUCCUACUGGCAUUAUUAACAAAUUAUUACAAAAAAAAAAAACAAAAACAAAAAACAAAAUGUAUGUCCAAAACAAUGCAAGGGCAAGGUUGUGUAUAUAUAUAUAUAUAACAAGUUAUGAUGCAUCUAACUCGUUAAAUUUAUUGUAACAUUCUAUUUAAUCCUCAUUUAUGUAAAUAA